AUGAGAGCCAAAAUCAUUGCCGGUACAGCCCUGCUGGCUGCAACGGUCAAUGCCGAGUGCGCCGCCGACAAUUGUCUCCGUGCUUUACGGGCGACACAAACACCCGGUCGACUUGCUGCUGCUCAGUCCUUCUGCGCAACCUUCACUGCCACCAGUGUCGCUCCUACGGCGAUACCGACGUUUGCCUCAAAUGCCUGCAAGGAGAACCAGAAUGGAGACAUGUUCUUCCGUCUCUCUAGUGCUUGCUCAUGCAUUGCCCCCUCAACGACAUCAUCGGCGUCUGUGACAGCCACGGCUUCUCCCACAGAGCCCUGUGCCAUUGUCAGCAACUCAUGGGCUGCUCAGCAGGCUGCUAAUCCUUCGGCUACCCCCACGGUUGCUGCCAAGCUUGCCCGCGACUGUCUAGCCUCCGUUCCACUAGGCAAGGAGGCUGCUAUUGAGCUCGUCGAUGCUAUGGUGCCGUAUCUUGAGUGGCAAACCGAUGCUGCUUAUAAGGCGGAUCCUCCUGCGGAUUAUUUCUACCCUGGCUAUGACCUGUUUGCGGAGCUUGCCAAGAUCAGAACCAACCUCGUCAACGAUGUGUAUGAUAGCGAGUAUGCUUUCCAGCUUGCCAUGUACAAGGAUGUCUUUGGCCCUGGACAUGACGGUCAUUAUGUCUACUACUCGGACCUCCUGACCGCUGUCUUUGACAAUAAUCGUCGUCGCUCGUUGGUCUCUCUCAGCGAGGAUGGAUCCUCACUACCAGUGAUCAAACUCUAUGAGGAUGUCAUUGCUUCUCCAGAGACUGCUUCCGCUGUUGUGCUGAUCAAUGGUGUGGAUGCUGCUACCUAUGUCGCUGAUACCAUCUUCACGGCGGGCUUCAAUCAGGAUGCUGAUUCGGCUUACAACACCAUGUUCUAUGAGAUGGCCUUCCCCCCAUCAGGUACCGGCAAUGGAUACAUUUAUGAUGUGUAUGGCCCAGAGACCACCUUCACCUUUGCAAACGGAACAGAGGCCACCUUCGAGAACUAUGCCCGCAUCAAGACCUCCCUGUCUGGUGUCACCGAUGGUCCUUCAUUCUACCAGAAGUUCUGUACCGGAGCCACCACCGACGAGGUUGUUGCCAGUGCGGGCAAGGUUGCAGUGGACGGCGAUUCCGGCAUCACAGUCCCGGGCUAUCCUACCCCAGUUGUCAUCACUGAGGACGGUGUCGUGUCAUGCUAUUUCCUUGAUGGCGAGGGUUUCGAAGAUGUCGCUGUCAUUGCCCUUCUGGCCUUCGAGAACGAAUCGCCAGCCGAGUUCCAGGAGGUCUGCCAGCAGUGCUUCGCCAAAGCUGUUGAGGCAGGCAAGACCAAGCUCGUGGUCGACUUCCAAGCCAACGGCGGCGGCUAUAUUCUCCAAGGCUAUGACUUCUUCCGUCAGCUGUUCCCACACGUUGUCCAGGACGGCUUCUCUCGCUGGAAGGAGAACGGUGGCUUCAUGGCCAUCUCGGAGAUCGUUUCGGACCUGGUCGCCGACGUCAACCCUUACACGAGCGACGACUACGACCUCAUCGGCUUCUAUGAGUCGUGGUUCAACUACCGCUACGACUUGAACAUCUCGGACCUCCCCUUCCAGACGUUUGAGGACAAGUUCGCGCCGCACGUGUACAAGCACACCAAUUACACGGCGAUCAUGCGGUGGAACCUAAACGACAACCUGACAACCACCAACGAGACUUUCGGCAUGGGCAUGGAGAUUGCGGGCUACGGCUCGCUCUCCGACAUUGCGCAGCCGUUCGAGGCCGAGAACAUCAUCAUGUUGUACGACGGCAUGUGCGCGUCAACUUGUACACUCGCCUCCGAGAUGUUGCGCAUCCAGGGCGGCGUGAAGAGCAUCGCUAUGGGCGGUCGACCGAAGCAGGGACCCAUCCAGGGCGUCGGUGGCGUCAAGGGCGCGCAGGUCCUGAACUGGAGCAACAUCUUCAGCUAUGCGCAGUGGGCGCUGCAGUUCGCGACCACGGACGCGCAGAAGGACGCGCUCAGCGCCUACACCGACCUACCGCUGCGUCGCAGCACGGCGGCCGCGGUCAACACCCGCGACCAGAUCCUGCGCGACAAUGUCAACGAUGGCCUGCCUGCUCAGUUCGUCGCUGAGGAAGCCGACUGCCGCCUGUACUGGACGGCGCCCAUGGUGACGGACGUGACCGAGGUGUGGAAGGCUGCUGCCGACGCGGCGUUCAACGGCGCCAAGUGCGCUGCCGGCGGUAUCGAGAAGCGCGACGUCAGCGAGAAGGCGGAGGCUCGUCGCCGCAACUACCUGUCGCCUGCUGGUGUUGAGGAGCGAAGCAAGCUGGUGGCCAAGAGGAAUCUGGCACCGCGUGAGGCGGCUACCUUCAACGCGAAGAACUUGCAGAAGGCCAUCCCCUAA